CUCUUCAUCCAUAACACGAAAGAGCUCCCAGCUUUGGAGAGCCUCGACCUGAGGCAAAUGAAACGCCUGACCUUGAAAGGACUUCCUUUCUAUGAGGUUGUGAAUUUAAUGGAACUAGUGUAUCGAGUUAAUCGGAGACAGCUGGCAAUUACCAUUGAUUCAUACGUCGGCGACAUGAGUUCUGUGCUUGAACAUAGUUUGAUAAAGCGUGCUAUUGAUUUAAAACUGGACCUUAAAUCUGAAGAAAUUUUCUACGGAACAAAUAUCUCUGUACCACAACUAAGGUCACUGGAGCUUUAUGGAGACCAAGGAACUCUUAAUGCAUUCAAUCUACAGAACUUAAAAAACCUCAAAAUCUGGUGGAACGAGUCAUUCGGCCUGGAGUCACUGACAAUGAUUCCCAUCAGGCUCACUACUCUAUCACUCCGAAAUAUGGUAUUUUCCAUUGAAAAAAUCGAGAAUCAAGACCCACAUUUUCUGCCUGAUUUGGUGACCCUUUGUCUAAAAGAGACGAACCUUGAGGCGCCACUACAAAGGAUUUUCCAAGUACCACAGUUGAAGCAUUUGGAGAUAGACGAAAUGACCUACAGAUAUCAGGAUAUUGGCACAGAUCUCACUCCGGAUGUCUUCUUCUCCCCAAGACUAUUAAACUUAGAGUGUCUGGUCCUCUUAAAUGUCUUGGUUGAUGAAUCUUUUAUUAUGGAAAUUCAAGGAUAUACAAAUCUCAAAAGACUGAGCAAGUAUUCUCAGAGUACUGUGCAUCUAGAAGGCCUCCCAUAG